CUUUUGAGGGGAAACAAAGUCAUCGCCGAUCAGCUGAAUCAACGGUCAAGAUCAAGUUCCACACAAAUCAACGGACUAGAUCGUCCCGUGCUGAAAUCGGAAUCUUAACAUAAAAAGGCAGGGUUUUUCAUUUCCAGCGAUAUAUUUGAUAUACGCUUCUCCAGAUUUUCAUCAUCCACAUAAGAGACCCAAAAGGUGUGCAAUUUUACUUUGCUUUCAAGAUUGGAAGAAGAUGCAUUACAUGGAUUUGUUUAGUAAAGCUGGAAACAUAUUUAGGCAGCCUAGAGCUCUGCAGGCCGCCAACGCUAUGUUACAGGGCAAUCUUUCUUUGACUCCUUCCAAACUCUUUGUUGGAGGUCUCUCACCAACUACUGAUGUUGAUAUCUUGAAAGAUGUUUUUGGCAGAUUUGGCAAAAUCGUUGAUGUGGUGGUGAUUUCGGACCGUGAAACUGGUGUAUCGAAGGGAUUUGGUUUCGUAACAUAUGAUUCCAUUGAUGCUGCUAAUAAGGCAAUGCAACAGAUGAAUGAUCAGGAACUUGAUGGUCGAAUAAUUGGAGUGAACCCAGCUGACUCAGGAGGCGGUGGAGGUGGUUUAGCAAGACGGGGAGGUCGUGGUGGAUUUGGACGUGGUGGGUUCGGUCGUGGCGGAUUUGGACGUGGUGGCUAUAACUUUGUUCGUUAACUUGACAUUCAGAAUGUCUAUCACCGAGUUAUUUGAUUAGUCUGCUGUUUGAUUUUCUCUUCACAAAGACCAAAACUUUUGUUAUACAGUUCAGUGAAGCUUGAACAAACAGAUCAAGUUGGCAGAAACAUUUAUUGAUUCAAUGGAUGUUUCACACA